UCCCCGCGCGCCCCCGACCCCGACCCCGCGGCCCGAGCGCGCCCACCUGAGCCCUUUGGCGCCCACCUGAGCCCGGACGCCGGCACCAUGGCGGAGCAGGAGAGCCUGGAGUUCGGCAAGGCGGACUUCGUGCUGAUGGACACCGUCUCCAUGCCCGAGUUCAUGGCCAACCUCCGGCUCAGAUUUGAAAAGGGGCGCAUCUACACGUUCAUCGGAGAAGUCGUCGUGUCUGUGAAUCCUUACAAGUCGCUGAACAUCUAUGGUAGAGAGACCAUUGAGCAGUACAAAGGACGCGAGCUGUACGAGAGACCACCUCAUCUUUUUGCGAUUGCCGAUGCUGCUUACAAGGCUAUGAAGAGGCGAUCAAAAGACACUUGUAUUGUGAUAUCAGGGGAGAGUGGAGCUGGUAAAACCGAAGCCAGCAAGUACAUUAUGCAGUACAUUGCAGCCAUCACCAACCCCAGCCAGAGAGCAGAGAUUGAAAGAGUGAAGAACAUGUUGCUUAAGUCCAACUGUGUCCUGGAAGCUUUUGGGAAUGCCAAAACCAACCGUAAUGACAACUCCAGCAGGUUUGGGAAAUACAUGGAUAUCAACUUUGAUUUCAAGGGGGACCCUAUUGGUGGACAUAUCAGUAACUACUUAUUAGAGAAGUCUCGAGUGAUUGUGCAACAGCCAGGAGAAAGAAGCUUUCAUUCUUUCUAUCAGCUGCUCCAGGGAGGUUCAGAACAGAUGCUACGCUCUCUACAUCUGCAGAAAUCCCUCUCUUCCUACAACUACAUACAUGUAGGAGCUCAAUUAAAGUCGUCUAUCAAUGAUGCUGCAGAAUUCAAAAUAGUAGCUGAUGCCAUGAAAGUGAUUGGCUUCAAACCUGAGGAGAUUCAGACAGUAUAUAAAAUUUUGGCCACUAUUCUUCACUUGGGAAAUUUAAAAUUUGUCGUGGACGGUGACACGCCUCUUAUUGAAAAUGGCAAGGUUGUAUCCAUCAUAGCGGAACUGCUGUCCACCAAGGCGGAUAUGGUUGAGAAAGCCCUUCUUUACCGGACCGUGGCGACAGGACGCGACAUCAUUGACAAACAGCACACGGAACAAGAAGCCAGCUACGGCAGAGAUGCCUUCGCCAAGGCUAUAUAUGAGCGCCUUUUUUGUUGGAUCGUGACUCGCAUCAAUGACAUUAUUGAGGUGAAGAACUAUGACACCACAAUCCACGGGAAAAACACUGUCAUCGGUGUCUUGGAUAUCUAUGGCUUUGAAAUCUUUGACAACAACAGCUUUGAGCAAUUCUGCAUCAAUUACUGCAACGAGAAAUUGCAGCAGCUCUUUAUUCAGCUGGUUCUGAAGCAAGAACAAGAGGAAUACCAGCGGGAAGGGAUCCCCUGGAAACAUAUCGAUUACUUCAACAACCAGAUCAUCGUGGACCUUGUGGAGCAGCAGCACAAAGGCAUCAUUGCAAUCCUGGAUGACGCCUGCAUGAACGUCGGCAAGGUCACCGAUGAAAUGUUCCUCGAAGCACUGAACAGUAAAUUGGGCAAACAUGGUCACUUUUCCAGCCGGAAGCUCUGUGCCUCCGAUAAAAUCCUGGAGUUUGAUCGAGAUUUUCGAAUUCGACAUUAUGCAGGUGAUGUCAUCUAUUCUGUCACUGGUUUUAUUGACAAAAAUAAAGAUACUUUAUUUCAAGAUUUCAAGCGCCUCAUGUAUAACAGUUCAAAUCCUGUGCUGAAGAAUAUGUGGCCCGAAGGCAAACUGAGCAUUACAGAGGUGACCAAACGACCUCUGACCGCCGCCACCUUAUUUAAGAAUUCUAUGAUUGCUUUAGUAGACAACCUUGCAUCAAAGGAACCAUAUUACGUACGUUGCAUCAAACCCAACGACAAGAAAUCCCCACAGAUAUUUGAUGAUGAACGCUGCCGGCAUCAAGUAGAGUAUCUUGGACUGCUGGAAAAUGUGAGGGUGCGACGGGCAGGAUUUGCCUUCCGCCAGACGUACGAGAAGUUUCUUCACAGAUACAAGAUGAUCUCUGAAUUCACCUGGCCCAAUCAUGACCUCCCGUCAGACAAAGAGGCCGUCAAGAAACUGAUUGAACACUGUGGUUUUCAGGACGAUGUAGCUUAUGGGAAGACCAAAAUUUUCAUUAGGACACCCCGAACAUUGUUUACCUUGGAAGAGCUCCGUGCCCAGAUGCUCGAAAGGAUUGUCCUCUUUCUACAAAAGGUGUGGCGGGGCACCCUGGCCCGGAUGCGGUACAAGAGGACCAAAGCAGCUCUGACAAUUAUCAGAUACUAUCGGCGCUACAAAGUGAAGUCGUACAUCCAUGAGGUGGCCAGACGCUUCCAUGGCAUCAAGACCAUGAGAGACUACGGGAAGCAUGUGAAGUGGCCAACCCCUCCUAGAGUCCUUCACCGUUUCGAGGAGGCCCUACAAGCAAUUUUUAAUAGAUGGAGAGCAUCUCAGCUCAUCAAGAGCAUACCCGCUUCAGACCUGCCCCAGGUCAGGGCAAAGGUUGCGGCCAUGGAAAUGUUGAAGGGUCAAAGGGCUGACCUUGGGCUCCAAAGGGCCUGGGAGGGCAACUAUCUUGCUUCGAAGCCAGAUACACCUCAGACCUCAGGCACUUUUGUCCCUGUUGCUAAUGAGCUGAAACGGAAGGACAAGUACAUGAACAUCCUCUUUUCCUGUCAUGUCCGUAAGGUCAAUCGAUUUAGUAAGGUGGAAGACCGAGCAAUUUUUGUCACUGACCGUCACCUGUAUAAAAUGGAUCCCACUAAGCAGUACAAGGUCAUGAAGACCAUCCCUCUAUACAAUUUGACUGGUCUGAGCGUCUCCAACGGCAAGGACCAACUCGUAGUGUUCCAUACGAAGGACAACAAAGACCUCAUUGUCUGCCUCUUCAGCAAACAGCCAACUCAUGAGAGUCGAAUUGGAGAACUUGUCGGAGUCCUGGUGAACCACUUCAAGAGUGAGAAGCGCCACCUUCAAGUCAACGUCACCAACCCCGUGCAGUGCAGCCUGCAUGGGAAGAAGUGUACCGUUUCCGUGGAGACAAGGCUCAACCAGCCACAGCCCGACUUCACCAAGAACCGCUCGGGCUUCAUCCUCAGCGUGCCCGGGAACUGACGCUCACCCGGUGGGGGCCCCGCCAGGGAGCCGAGGCAGCGGAGCCCGGAGCGCCGCCACCCAGCAUCAUAGGUCCCCAUCUAAUUACUGAUCCCUGCUACUGCCCAAUAGAAACCAGCUCACAAGGGUCCUGCUUGGGGAGGAGCCCCUCUCUGCCUUCUCUCUCCCCUGAGGUCUUCUUCCUGGCUCUCUUUGGUCUCCAUCCUCCUCUGUCCCGAAUGCCUAUGGUCCCCGCUCAACAAACCAAAGACCCCGGGGUCCUGCCCGAGCCCUGGGCUGACAUCCAGACCACAUCUCACCUCAGAGGCAAUGUCAUGGUGCCGCCUUCAGCUGAGGAACAGCUCCCUGGACUGGCCAGGUCAUGUUAGUGCAACCUUGACCCAGCGACCAGCUGCUGACCCUGCAGGGGUCAGCCAGGGGAGCCCAGGACAGUUUCCCCAGCCAAAGACAUGCCCCCAGGGAGGCUGGUGGAGAUGAGCUGGGGAUGUAGCCCUGCUCUCUCCGUGAGCCCAUCCUGCCACCCCCUUCACCCUCGAGGUGGUCGCAGCCCCUGCAACCUGGCUCAGGGAGCUUCUCAGAGCUCCUCGAUGGGCCCCCUCCCCCCAGCAGCCAGCCAAAGUCACCAGGUGAGCAGGUUCACCUGUAGGGCCAGACCCUCAGCCCAGGAGCCAGUGGCCCGCGGAACAGCCACGCCCAGCUGGCAGCCCAGCCUGCCUGGAGCCUGCCCCCCCCCACCUCUCCAGGAGAGAGCAGUGGGGGCUCCAAGGAUCACCUCGCUUAACCGUGCAGCCUAUGCCCAUGAUUGCCUGACACUUAUUUUUGUAAUUUGCUAAAUCAGGUAUCGCGUCUGCUGUGCCCACUCUCUUGUCAGGAGCACUAAUAAGAAAACGGAGUUGCAGGGGCUGGGGGAGCAGGCAGGCAUUUGAAGUAACCCCCCCCCCCGCUAACAUCUCUAUUUCAUACUCAUUUGGAGAAUGAGGACUGGGGCGAGAGGGUCAGAGCACACAGGAAUUUGGGGAAGUAGAGGGCCAGAAACCAGCGUGGGGUCUUGGCACUGCAGGCCAGGCUAGGAUGCCCACUCCCACCGCACACAGACCCCAUGCCAGGAGAGCAGCGCCGUCUUGCCAGUCUCUGCCCAGCAGAAAGCACAUGCCUUCAGAUGCCUUCCUGAAACCACCCCCGGUGCCUCAGCUGAAGGGGACGCCGCAAACCUCUGGGCAGCCUGGGCCUCCUUGCCAGGAGCCUUGAAAGAGAGACUCAGGGCACCCCGUGAGGUGUGGGGGCUGAGGGGGAGCCUGGCAGGUGUAAAAGAGCGACAUGCUGACAUUUUCUUCACUUUCUGCCAUCGAUGCUGCCCCUGCUCCCCAUCUCCUCUCCGUAUGGUCCCGUCCUGCCACCCUGACCCCACAAAACACACCAGGUGCUUGAGUGCGGCCUCCUGUCACGGUCACCUUGCUGAUGCCCAGAUGGUCCCAGCAGCCUGGUCUCCUACGCACCCCAACCCCUGCUUCCCAGGGCUUGCAAACAUUUGCACCGUGUGCAAUUUGCAACAAAACCCUAUGAGCAUCCUGUCCUUGGAAAUCCACUCUCAUUCUCAGAGCCUGGUCAGCUAGCUGCCUGCACAGCGCAGAGGCGCCACCAACCCCCGUUAGCAACGCUCAUAGUUUUGCCAAUCACCUUGACACUAGUUGAACCAUCUUAACUGGAACAUUGCCUCUCCAUUCCACUUAUUUCCCCAAACUUGUUGCUUUACACUAGAUACAUGCAAAUGUAUGUUUUAGACACCAAAACGGAACAUGCCAAAUGAGUGCCUUUCAGAGGCUGGAGAGGAAGAGGGGGGUUCAGUGUCCUUCCUCCCACCUUUCCAUGUUGCUUAUGGCCCCUCAGCCCCGCGCCAGGCCUCCCGGCCGAGGACCAGGGGACCGCCUGCCGUCACAAGCACUUUUUCAUGAUGUCCUAAGAGAAGUCAGUGUGGCAACUGAAGGCGAAUCAGGAAAGUCGGGCGACACUGCGAUGAUGCUUCCAGGUGCCGAGGGGAAGGCAGGGGGACACAGUGAUUGUAUGCAAUGAAGUGUUUCUCUUGAUUUAAUUAAAUGCGGUUUAUGGUUUGGUGCAUAUAUUCCUAUUUUCCAUUAAAUUAACUAUUUCUAAAGCAUAUUUUGAUUUAUCAUCAAGAGCAAUAAAGCAUUCAAUCUUA